UCCAGAGGAGCCACCUCUCACAUCUCAGAGUCUGAAACUGACUGAACAAGCUUUAGCACGAACAGAUUCUGCAGGACAUCAUGGAGGCAGGUGUUGUCCUCCUGCUGCUGGUCGCAGCACUGAGUCCUGCAUCAACCGCCAACUUUUAUGGAGACAGCAUCAGUUUCAUGCAUCCACAGAGGAACAAUAACGGGACGUUUACGGUGACCUUUCAUCACAGACACAACGGCCGAAGCAGCUGUGCAUUUCAGUCCUCCCUCACAUGUGAGAGCGGAGUUUGUUCGGUCUUUGAUCAGUCCAGCGUCCUGCAAACGGACCACGACUCCACGGACCAAGGCAAGUGGUGCCAGUCUGAGCAGCGUACGACGGCAAUCGUCUCGACCGAUGGGACCAGCUUUUCUCUGAGGUUGACAGACCUCAGUGGAAAGACAAACUGGACGUCUUACGCAGAGGUGGACCUGGGAAUUCGAUCUGACUCACACAAUUACAACACCUGCCCCGUGACCACGACAAUGUCUUCUCUACGGGUGCCUCAAAACUGUUUUGAGAAGCUGCAGCUUCUGGCAUACGAUCCUGAAGGAGAUCAUGUGAGAUGCAGCUUUGCUCCAGGAGCCACACUUCCCUCAAACAUCUCUCUGGACGAGGCUGCCUGCAAACUGACAAGUACGAGUCAAGUCAAAGUUGGAGUCCACAUGUUUGAGUUGAUGCUGGAGGACUUUCCCACCAGAAACAUCACUUUGACCUACGCAGAUGGAACAUCAGCUUUUCGGGAGGCCUCCAACAUGAACGCAUCACCGCUGUGCAAAGUGAAGCUGCAGUUCUCAGUGGAGAUCCUUCCACCGAUACCAAACUGCGAGGCAGGUCAUGUGCAGCCCAUGUUCUUGUCUAUGACUCCUUCACAUGGAGAUGUCCUUUACGCCACUGUGGGUAAGAGGUACCAACUUCAUGCCGAAGCACAGGCUCACCAUUCUAGUAUAUAUGACUUCCAGGUGAGUGGCCCUCAGAACAUGACCAAAGAGUUCACUGAUGAGGUGGAUGGAAAAGCUAAACUGACUCUGAGCUGGACACCACAGCAUAUCGACCUGUACAGAUUUGUCCCAGUGUGCUUCACCGCAGAGACAAGAGAAACCCAAUCAGAAAUGAGGUGUGUUGUUCUCAUGGUGACCAGUGCAGAUAUCACUCAAGGCAAGGCCGCUGUCGAAUGCUCGGCCAACAAGAUGGUGGUGACCCUGGAGAAAGCUUCCAUGCCUGGCAUCGACAUGAACUAUCUGAAGCUGAGAGACGAGUCGUGUUCCCUCUCCUCCAACGACACUCACAUCAUCGGCAUCAUGUCAUUCCGCACCUGCGGCACAAAACUUGAGGAUAAAGGUGACUUUAUCGUUUUCAAGAAUGAGAUCAAAUCCUUUGAGCUGCCCACAGAGGUUAUAAUUCGAAGACGGAAGAUUAAGAUCUCUUUUUCUUGCCAGUUUCCCAAAACCAUCAGCAUCUCCAGUUACUACAGACUCCACAAGUCUGACUACAUCUUCACUGAGUCCAGCUUUGGCAGCUUUAGCUACGCCUUUGAGAUAUAUCGUGAUAAUAAAUUUUCAAAUAAGGUGGAGGCCAGGGCCUAUCCAGUGGAGAUCAAGCUGUUAGAGCCAUUUUACAUGGGGAUUCAGGCUCAGUCGGAACUACCAAAUGUGAAAUUGUUUGUUGAAUCAUGCAAAGGCACGCCUGAUGACAACCCAGAAAACCCCAUCUUUUAUGACAUCAUCAAGAACGGGUGUAUACAGGAUGAGACACUGAAAAUCUACCCUUCUGAUAAUACUUCAUUCAACUUUGAGGUUCAAGCCUUCAAGUUUACUGGAAACUACGAGGAGGUGUACAUCACCUGCUCCGUCAUCCUGUGUGACCCGGUGAGUCCCUUUUCCAGAUGUGCUCAGGGUUGUGUCAGUGAGGCAGCCCGCAGGCGCAGACGCAGGCGAGGGUUGGGCCUGGAGACGGACAGUCACAACAUCAUCCAGGGUCCUCUGAGGUUUGUCCCGCAGGACGCUCCCAUUGCAGCCAUGGACGACAACAGCAAAAGCUACUUCUACAACACUAAGACACAACAGAGUGACCUGCCCGUUACAGUGAUUCCUCCACCAGUUCUUUCAGACACCAAAUCAGGCAGUGGAGGUUGGGGAAUCAAGGAGGCCCUCAGCAGCAGCAGCAGCACUGUGGUUUUCGCCACUUUAUUCUUGGUAUCGCUGGUGUUGAUGGCUGCGCUUGUUCGUUACUUUACCAGCAAGAGAAAAGCAGAAGACCACAAGUCUCUUAUCGGUUCAUCAUGUGAAGACUAAACCCAACUAAUCUCAACUCAUCUCAGACAUCUUGCUGUCUUCAGGAUGGGUCGCAUUUUUUAAAAGUCCAUCUUGACACAAUGCUCACUUGGACAACAGUUUUUGCUUGCAAAAAUAUUUUCCAAAGUUUAUCUGAGAUUAAUACUUGAUUUGAUGAAGUCACACUGCAGAAACGUUCAUCUCACUGAUUUGUUAACGGCCAGAAGAAUGCAGGGGAAAUGAUUACAGAAAGUAUGACCUGUUUCAGUGUUCUCAUUGAAACAGCUGACUUCUGUUUUAAGUAUUUUGAACCUUAUUUAUAAAGGACCUCCUUUUGAGUCAGAUAAAAACAACGGGUUGUCCCACAGUCUAAUGUCUGGAUUGAUUUUGGCCAGGAUCACAUGUUAUUUCUAUCCUUCCACGCCUUUGUUUUCAUCAAACAUAAUCUUAAUGUCAAUGCACUGAACCAUACUGCAGUUACUUUUGCUAUCUAUUUGUGUUUGUCUCGCCCUGUGAGGAGGGAACCGAUCUCAACCCAACCUGCAGCUCAAAGUUCACUUAACCAGUUUCAAACGAGUGAUGGAAUUCAAAAGCAGGUGCUCAACAAAUUCCACUUCAUGUGGUUUAGCAGGAUGCCACUGACACCCAAGAGUGCAAAAUUAGAUGUUUGGGUUAUUGGAUUUGGCUUGUUAUGAUCCCAUUAGUCACUUUAGACAAAUCGAAAAUUCUUGUGCAUACACAGAUAUAACCGAAGAGUUAUGUUUGAAUUGAAUUUACAAUCAUUAUUGUCAUAAACAAACAUUUAAUGUGACCAGAACAGAUUCAGACUGGAUUUAGUUCAUUUAUUGACAAGUGGUAGCAGCAAAUAUUGACUCUUUGAUCUACAUUUGACUCUAGAUUUGUCUGUAACAAUAGAAAGCAAGUGUACCCCAGUAUGUUCAGUUUGCAGAUAGGCAGUUAUGUCAGAUCUUUGUCUAAAACAUUUAAAGGGGAUUUUAUUUACAACACGAGGGGAAAUGAGAAUUGCAUCAACUUUCCACCUGAAGUCUUACUUGCAUAAUAAACACAACUGUGUGUGUG